CUUCUUUUGUAUAUUGAUCGAUCCAAAACUCCAAAAUACACACUGCUUCGAUCCUUCCUUUUUCUUCCCUCUUUUUUUUCAUCUCUCUUAAUUGUAAGAGAGAAUUAAAAAGAAAAAAUAUGAAAAAUAAAUUGUUUUUCAUGCCUUGAAAAUCAUUCAAGGAUCAUAUAUCUUCAUAUUUCAUAACAACCUUCAAAAAAUACCCAAUAAGAUCCAUUAUUCCAAAUAUUAUACUAUGAGUUUAAUUAUUAUCAAAUAAUAAAAAAGAUAAGAAUCGAAAAAUGAAGAAUACAAUAAGGUGUUGUAUAUCUUGCAUCCUCCCAUGCGGAUCCUUAGAUGUGAUCCGCAUCAUCCACACGAACGGCCGUGUGGAAGAGAUUUCCGGCUCGAUACGAGCCGAAGAAGUCAUGAAGGCUCACCCCAAACACAUCCUUAAGAAACCUACUUCAUGUCCUACUUCAAACGACGUCGUUGAUGCUCCUGAUUCUCACCACCGUAGGCCCACCAUCGUAGUGGUCCCACCUGAUGCUCAACUCCAAAGAGGGAAGAUUUACUUCCUUAUCCCUGUUCAUGAUCAUCACCAUCAACCAUCAUCAGGUAAUUCUGGUAAGAAGAAACUACCGAAAACAUCAGCUUCAUCUGCACCGUCGGUUUCGACUGGUGGGUGUUCAUCAUCGACAACUAGGAGGAAAAGAAGGGAACAGAAAAAUAGAAGUAAUUCAAUAUCAUUAGGAGUAUCAUCAUCAUCAUCUGAUGGGGAUAAGUAUUUGAGUGAUAUUUUGAGUGAAAAAAUUGUAUCAAGAGAAAGAAGAUCAAGAGGAAGAGUUGCUGUUUGGAGACCUCAUUUAGAAAGUAUUUGUGAGACUCUUAGUGAACCUUCUUCAACUGAUCAUUGAUUAUUCAUUAUUUACCAUUUCAUUUUGUGUAUGUGUUUUUUUUUUCUUUUUCUUUUGAUUUCUAUUUGAUUAUUUAUAUGUUUUUUUUAGUAAUAAUGAUCCAAUAGAAAAGAUAAGAAAAAGAAAAAAAAAGUAAGGUAUGUGAAUCUGAUAUCAAUAGUGAAUUUUUGUGAUAAAAACUACUCGAAUUUUUAUUAAUAGUAAAUUUACAAGGACCGAAAGGUAUAGUAUGAAAUUAUGAACAUUUUGGUUAAAUGAAUCGUAAUUAUAUGUAAAAUUUAAUUACUUUUUCAUAUUCCUUUAAAUUUGUUAUGUUGUAUUUAAAAAAUUCUAGUUUGAAUCUGUAUACUAUAGCAAAUUUAUAGUGAUAGAGAAAUAAAAAUAAUAAAAUUUAU